ACGAUCGAGACGCACGGCCUGGCGGCAUUUUCAGUGAGCGCGCGAGCGGCAAACGGUAAACAACAGCUGCUGCCAACACAGAGAGGCAAACAAAACCAGCAAUAAAACGAGCCACAGCGAAAACAAAAAAGCAAACACAAUUUUUCGAAUAAAACUUUUGCCAACAUCGACCGCUGACCUGGAAGACGUCAACACACUUGAUGCAGCAGUGGCAUUGCAGCCAGUAGAAGAAAAACACUUUGUGAGACUGCGAAUCUUCGGUGUGACAAAUUGAAUAAUUACGCAAAUUGCAAAGGAGACAACGAGAGCGCAAGAGAGAGAGAGAGAGGAAGAGAUAGAGAGAGCGAGAGCGAGACAGAGGAAGGGGUUGGUAAUUGGUAACUGUGCCAAUUUGGAGACUCAGAAGUGCAUAAAGCGAAUCUGGCGAACACGAAGUCAACAUGAGCAUUGCAUAACUGAAUCGAUCUCAAAGAAGAAGAACAAGAACAACAAGAAUAAGAACAAGAGCAAACACAUUAUUUUACGAUGAGUGCGGCUGGCUUUCUGGAUGCGCAGUCAGCGAGCGUGGCGAGUGCCGCACGACAGAAGGCGGCAGAGAAGCGACGUCGCAGCUACGGCCAUGCUGCAGGCAUUCAUGGUCACAGCCGCGGUCGCAGUCGCAGUCGCAGCAGCAUUGGCAGCGUCAGCGCUGUGCUCUACAAAUCAUUUCGAGAGCGCUUCAUGAGUGCCAGCGGCGGCAGCAGCAGCGGCGGCGAUGGCAACUAUCGUGUGCUGCGACAGCGCGAUGCGGAGGCUGGUCGCAUGGAUAAUGAGUUGAGUUCAAAUGCCAGUUCAUCGGAUGGGGAGUUGAGUCAGCUAAGCAGCAGAAGCAGCAGUGUCGAUGAUUUGUUUGCCAACGAAACCGAACGUCGCACGUGGCGCCAAAAGUUGCCAGAACGCAGUCAGCGCAGCAAACGAAAAGUUGACAGAGGAAGACUUAAGAACCUGGUGUAUUCCAAGGAGAAGAAACGCCGCGUGCGGAUCAUCUUGAGCAUUGUUGCUGCCAUCGUAGCCGUAGCCCUGGUGGCUACUAUGAUCGUGUUCAUUGUGGGCUCUGGAGAUGAUGACAAGCCUGCUGACAAUACUGGGGAUAAGGGCAUUAAUCUGGAGGAUGUGCUCACUGGUCAAUUAUAUGCGAAACGUUUCAAUGGCAGCUGGAGCAAUGGCAAUUCAGUGAUAUACAAAGAGCUUUCGGACAUUGUCGAGUUGGAUACUAAGACGCUAACGGUCACAAAACUGAUGACCAAUGCAGCGCAAUAUGUGCUCUAUGAGAAAUCCGCUGAUGGACAAUUCCUGCUGCUGGCUAAGAACUACAAGAAGAACUUCCGCUACAGUUUCUUGGCUCAAUACGAUAUCUAUAACAUCAGCUCGGGCAAUAUUUCCUCACUCACCAUUCAGAAUGAGCCGGUCUUUCUCAGCAUGGUCCAAUGGUCUCCGGUGGGAAAUGCGCUGAUCAUCAACUUUGAGCGUAAUCUCUACUAUAAGAAGGGUGCUCUGGAGCGUGAAAUUGCCAUCACAACCAAUGAGGAUGGCAUCUUUUUGCACGGCAUUCCCGAUUGGGUCUAUGAGGAGGAAGUGUUCAGCUCGAAUGUGGCAACCUGGUUUAAUCCAUCGGGCACUCAGAUCGCCUUCAUUCAGUUUGAUGAUUCACCGACGCAUGUCAUUAAUUUCCCCUACUAUGGCGAACCUGGCGAUGUGCGCUUCCAGUAUCCGUUGCAUCAGGAAAUUCACUAUCCCAAGGCGGGUUCAUCCAAUCCGCGUGUUGUGCUCUACAUGGCUGAUCUCGAGAGCGCGUUGGCUGGUAGCCCAGACUUCCUUACUCCGAUGCCAAUUCCGAGCGCUCUGAACACUGAAACCGAUUACAUUGUCACCGUUGUCAGUUGGCUGGAUGACAAUAACGUGCUCUCCAUUUGGAUGAAUCGUAUUCAAAACGCCGCCUAUGUUGUUACCUUCGAUGGACGCGGCCGCAAGCGGCUGUAUAGCAAGACGUCUGAAACGGGCUGGGUGGAUCUGUACACAGCACCAUUCAAGAAUCGCAAUGGCUCCCGCUUGGCCUUUGUGCUGCCGCAUGAGAACUACAAGCAUUUGCAGCUGCUGCCAACAGAUGGCAGCACUAAUGUACAGCUGGAGCCGUUGACCAGCGGUAAAUUUGUGGUGGACAGCAUUCUCCACUGGGAUGGCACGCAUGACGUCAUCUUCUACACGGCCAACACGGAAAAGAACCCCGAGCAGCUGCAUCUGUAUGCGAUACGUGCGGUGGCAUCCACACGUAAGCAGACCCCCAGUUGUCUCACAUGCAAACUGAUGACAUCGGGAAACGUGGAGCAAACGUACUACUCGGCCAUCUUCAAUGACAAUAAUCAAAUUGUGAUUAGCUCCCUGGGACCAGGCAUACCCACAACAGCCAUCUACGAGUGGAGCUAUAGCAACUCUCAAGUGACGCUGAAGAAGCUGCUGGAUUGGGAGACCAAUGAUGUGUUGCGCAGCAAGCUGCAGGGCGUGUCACUGCCCUCGCAUCAGAUACUAACGGUAAACAUCGAUGGCGGAUUCCAGGCCAAGGUGCUGCUGCAACUUCCUCCCAAUUUGGAUACCAGCGGCAACACAAAGUAUCCCAUGCUGGUCGAUGUCUAUGGCGGACCUGAUUCUUACUCCGUGACCGACAAGUGGAUGAUGGACUGGGGCACUUAUCUUACCUCAAAUCAAUCUGUGAUCUAUGCCAAGAUCGAUGGACGCGGCUCCGGACUGCGUGGCGAGACGCUGUUGCAUGCCAUCUAUAUGCAAUUGGGCACAGUGGAAAUCAACGAUCAGAUCACAGUCACACAAAAUUUGACACAGUUGUAUAAGUACAUUGAUGCUGAUCACAUUGGUAUUUGGGGAUGGAGUUAUGGUGGCUAUGCGGCAGCCAUGGCGCUGGCCAAUGAUGAAAAUGGCGUCUUCAAGUGCGCCGCCUCCAUUGCACCUGUUACCGAUUGGACUUAUUAUGAUUCCAUUUAUACGGAACGUUAUAUGAAUGUGCCAGAGGCUAAUGAGGCUGGCUAUGCCAAGUCUAGGCUGAGCACACGAGCCCAGCAACUGCGGGGCAAGAAAUACUUGCUCGUCCAUGGCACAUCCGAUGACAAUGUGCACUACCAGCAGUCCAUGAUUCUGGCCAAGAAUCUGGAGCGUCACGACAUUCUCUUCAAGCAGAUUAGCUACGCUGACGAGGAUCAUGGACUGGCCAAUGUGCGUCCGCAUUUAUAUCAUUCGCUGGAUCGUUUCUUUGGCGAAUGCUUUGCCAGCAGUCGUCUCGCGAAGAGCGCCAAAUAAACAUCUCUAUUUCAAUAAGCAUCUAAAAAUAAUAACUUUUAAAGCUUGCAAGCAGAAUUCAAUUAAAUUAAAUUAUUCAAUGACGAUGAGCUAAACUAAUUGGUACUUAAAAAGUUGCAUUUCCAUUAAACAUAACAAAAAAAGAAAAACAAGUUUUAAAUCAAAGCAAUUAAUUAAAAAUGUAGUUACACAUUAAAAGUAAAAAAGAAAAUGCUUCACAAGAAAACCAAACUAAUGCAGGUCCAAAAGUGUUAUAAGAUAACUUGGAACAAUAAUAUUUGAAAUUGCAUUUUAAGACAUUUUAAGCAUAUUACAAAAUAACGAAAUGGAUACAAAAAUAUUUAUACAAUUAUUAACUACCUAGCGUACAGACCUUGUCUGACAUUGUAGUUAGCGCCUGUUAAAUAGAAAUUCAAGAAAACUGAGGAAUAUUAUAAAACUAUUUCACAAACAAAUCGCAAACAAAAAUGUAGAUACAAUUAAUUCUUAGAAAACUAUUCAAAACAUUUUAUAAACUCUUUGCUCAAAUUCGAUGCUAGUGAAAGUAAUCUGCUUAAAAUUUUGUGAUGCCCUUGCAUACUUAGUAUAACCAUAUAAAUCAUAUAUCAAAUAUUUCAAGCAAGCACUAUAAAGUACUAUAAAUCGGUAUCGCAAGGGUAUUAGAUGACUAUAACUUCGGCUCCGACCGGAGAGAGCUGAAUCGACAGGUGUUCUCUUAUAUAACUAAGAUUAUCUCCUGUACAUUGCGCCAGCUGAAAUUCAUAGCUUGUAGUUUGUUCUAGCUUUUUAAUUUGCCACAUUGUAAAAAACAAAACAAAACGAAAACUUGUAAAUAAAUAGUUGUUAAAUGGCUUUUUGUAAAUUAGAUGGAAAUUGUGUAUAGGCAACAGUUAAAAAGGCAAACUAUUAAAAUAAAUUAUGAAAAACAAAAACAAUUC